AAAAUUACCAGCAAAACGACAGGGCCUAUAAUAUAGGCAAUAAGAAAUUUCGAAUCCACCGGCGGCAGCUGAAGAACCCACCGGCGACGACGUUGCGCAAGAUACGUAAAUUUUGCUCCAUCGCCGGGGUUCUGCUUAAUUGGGGAGGAAUUUGACUGGAUUCCGCUGCUUUAUUGCGAUUCCUCUUUCUGUCCAUUGAGAAAAAGCGGAAAAAGGAGAGGAUGGUGAAGAUCACGGCGUUGCUUGUGCUGAAAUGCACUCCAGAAGGUUCGGACCCCGUUAUUUUGGCGAACGCCUCGGAUCUAAGCAGUUUUGGCUUCUUUCAACGCCCCAGUGUUAGGGAGUUUAUUGUCUUCGUCGGUCGGACGGUAGCCAAGCGGACGCCGCCCGGCCAGCGGCAGUCGGUGCAGCAUGAAGAGUACAAGGUUCAUUCAUACAAUCGAAAUGGCUUGUGUGCAUUGGGUUUUAUGGAUGAUCACUAUCCUGUCCGAAGUGCAUUUUCAUUGCUCAACCAGCUCUUGGAUGAAUAUCAAAAGAACUUUGGUGAUUCAUGGAAAACUGUGCAAGCUGACAGUACUCAACAAUGGCCAUUUUUGAGUGAAGCACUGACCAAGUUUCAGGAUCCUGCCGAGGCUGACAAGCUGUUGAGGAUUCAGCGAGAGUUGGAUGAAACAAAAAUCAUUCUUCACAAAACUAUAGAUAGCGUCCUGGCACGUGGUGAGAAGUUGGACAGUUUAGUUGAGAAGAGUUCUGAUCUUAGUGCAGCUUCUCAGAUGUUCUACAAGCAAGCGAAGAAAACAAAUCAAUGUUGCACGAUCUUGUAAAUGCUUCAGGUGUUAAUGUUGCAUGCUGAACGUGUCGUUGCACUAUAAUGUGUUUGAAAGUUGUUUACAUGAUGAAAUGAUUGAAUGUACAAUGUUAUGAUUCCGAACUUUCUAUCAGCUGUCUCUUAUCUUGUUUGAGGUUAAAUGCUGGCGAGUUUGCUGUGGUGAUGAUAUGUAUAUCAAUUUGAUUCGAUCAGUUAUUGUGAUGGAUAUUUUGUAUUUAGUUCUUGUGCAAUAAGUUAACAUUACUUGAA